CCAUGUGCGUCGCGUUUUGAUUGACAUGGCGGAGUCUCCCAGUACGCGUCGCGCCGCGCCAGCAGACAGGCAGGACCCGACCCUGGGAAUAAAAAAACGCGCAGCUCCGUCUGUUUGAAGAUUAUUUUAUUGCAGCGAGGUAGGGCAGUUCAGUGAAUUUCUCCAUGAAUGUACGUCACAAUGAUGAUGACAGACCAGAUUCCACUGGACUUGGCUCCGCCCCCCCUCCUGAACGGGGAGGUCCCUCUCAUGCCUCACAUGGUUAACGGUGAUGCGGCACAGCAGGUGAUCUUGGUGCAGGUGAACCCGGGGGAGACGUUCACCAUCCGGGCAGAGGAUGGAUCACUGCAAUGCAUCCAGGGUCCUGCUGAGGUUCCCAUGAUGUCCCCAAAUGGGUCGAUCCCUCCCAUCCACGUCCCCCCAGGAUACAUCUCACAGGUGCUGGAGGACACCACAGGGGUCCGCCGGGUGGUGGUGACGCCCCAGUCUCCAGAGUGCUACCCUCCCUCCUACUCUCCAGCCCUCUCCCCCACACAUCACCUGCCCCCCUACCUGACUCACCCCCACUUCAUCCCCAACUCUCACUCUUUCUACCCCCCUGUCAGCCCGGGAGAGCUGCCCCCCCACCAGUACUACCAGCACCACCUUCCCCCCAUGUACGGCGACCCAGAAAUCAUUCCAGUUUAUGGGAUGUCUAACUACAUAGGCAGAGAGGAGUACAGUAAGCCACAGCCCAAAAAGAUAAAGGAACAGAGACAACUGGAGCGACAGAACCGCCUCAACUCCCCUCCCUCCACUCUGUAUAAGGGCAGCCUGGGGCCAGCACACAACGGAUACAGCAACAAAUCACACGCCCCAUUGCUCGCGUCAUUGGGGUCAGGGGGAGGAAUCGGCAGUCCAGGAGGGAAGAAGCCGGAGAGACGACUCCGCAGCAGUCCACGAAACGGUGACCAAGAGAUACACGCACAAGAUCAUGAUUCAGAGGGGAAGCGUGUUCAAGACAUGCUGUCUACAAUCGACAAACCACAGGUGUCCAAUGUGCAGGCGCGGGCUGCACGUCUGUCCUGGGCCCCCCCGGUAGGGCUGGUGAACAGGCAUAGUAACGGGAUGCCCGUGUCCUGCUCCUACGAGGUCUCUCUCUCGGAUAAGGGACGAGAUGGAAAGUAUCGCCUCAUAUACAGUGGCGAGGAAUUGGAGUACCACCUGAAAGACCUAAGGCCAGCGACAGACUACCACGUACGGGUCUCUGCGAUGUACAACUCGGUUCGAGGCUGCUGUUCAGAGGCCGGCUCGUUCACCACGCACUGCAGCGUCCCCGACGUCCCGCUACCCCCGAAAUUCUCCCACCGCACCAAGAGCACCCUCACCCUACAGUGGAAGCCCCCAGGCGACAACGGAUCCAAAAUCACAAACUACCUGCUCGAGUGGGAUGAGGGAAAGAAGAACAGUGUUUUCAGAGAAUGUUACUUUGGGAGCCAGAAACACUGUAAGGUGACACGACUGUUUCCCGCCUGUGGCUACACGUUCAGAGUGGCUGCGCACAACGACAUCGGCACAAGAUGUGUAAAUGGAGGGAGUAAGAUGGAGGUGGAGGAGCUGGGAGAACCACGGGUGAAAAUCUUGAGACUCAUAGCAUCGAACAUGGAGGGAAAGAGCAGUCCCAGUGAAGUGUUGGUGUGCACCACCAAUCCAGACAAACCAGGCCCUCCAUCCACACCCUGUGUCACCACAGCGACGCCCUACGGAUUCACCGUCACAUGGGAUCCUCCACAGGACAACGGGGGCUCAGAGGCUCUGACGUACCUGCUCGAGAUCUCAGAGGGCUGCUCUGAAGAGGAAUAG